AUGAUCCAGGGUGAUUUAUUCUACUUGACAAUCGUAGAAGCUCCCAUUCUGGGAAAUUCCAAAGUUUGUUACAAAGGAGCAGUUUGUUACUGCUCCGCAGCAAGAUUUGUUACUGCUCCGCAGCAAGAUUUGCUUGUAAGUUCAAAGCAUGGAGCAGGCAAUAAGUCUGAGAAGGAUAAUUCCACAUUUUUAGAUAAAGAUGGCAAUGCUCUUGUUGUCAAAGAACAAUCAAUUGAUGCCCAUGCAAGCAAAAGUAGAGCUCAAAAUGGAAAGACCAUGCCUAAUAAUGGUGGAUCUCUGGCUAACAUGUGGGGUCGUGCAUCAGCUAAACCUAAGCCUCCAAGUACCACUAAUUCUACAGCUGUAGAAAGUGUUGCAGCUACUCUUGAUGCACAAAUAUGUGCAAAGGAAGAAGUAGAUGGAGAUAGCAGCGAUGAUGAGCAGGGAAUAAAGUACAAGGGGGAAUCCACCAAUGCAAAUAACAGAAAGCGAAGAGCAGUAUUUGAUUUUUCGGAUGAUGAGGAAGUUGAUAAUAUUAUAAGCAUUGCAUCUCCUGAGGUACCAAAACAGCAUACCCCAGACCCUGUUAUUGAAACUGCUGAAGACACUAAAGUAAAUCAAAAGAACUUGGAAAAUAAAGAUGAUCUACCGAACACUGAAAAAGGUUCCUCAAUGGGGGUGGAUUCUGACUUCACUUCUGAAUGUAAAACCAAAACUGUCAAUACUAUGAACCAUUCUAGGAUUACUUUAAAAGAAAAUAGCAGCGAUCCUCCUGUUAGUAACAAGAAACAGGAUUCCGCAGUUGAGCCUGCCUCCACCGCACCGAAGAGAAGAAAGGUUUUCAAGACACGCAUAGAUGAGAGGGGAAGGGAAGGUAGUUAUACUGAGCUCUGUAAAAGACACUAG